AGAAGGGGGGGGGAAGAAGGGAAGGAGAAGGAGGAGGAAGCAGCGGCGGAGGAGGGAAGCCUUUGGGGGUUGGUCAAGGGAAGUGCGACGUGUCUCCCCAGCCUUUUUAAAGCUCCUUCCCCGCCGCCUGCCCGGCUUCCUUCCGUCGGUUCGCCAGUCCUUCCCUCUUCGGGGACCGAGAGUCCGGCCGCCGGUCCUGCCAGCCCGCUCUGUGCCCGUCCCUCCGUCUCCGCUGCCGCCGCCUCCCUUGACCACCCGCAGCAUGUCUGGGAUCAAGAAGCAAAAGACGGAUGUCGAACAGAAAUCCACCAAUGUGGUCUACCAGGCUCACCAUGUGAGCAGGAAUAAGAGAGGCCAGGUUGUCGGGACCAGAGGAGGAUUUCGGGGCUGUACAGUAUGGUUGACAGGUCUCUCUGGCGCUGGAAAAACAACCAUCAGCUUUGCCCUGGAAGAGUACCUGGUGUCCCACGCCAUCCCUUGCUAUUCCCUGGACGGGGACAACGUGCGCCAUGGCCUCAACAAAAACCUUGGCUUCUCAGCCGGGGAUCGGGAAGAAAACAUUCGCCGGAUAGCGGAGGUGGCCAAGCUUUUUGCCGACGCCGGACUGGUUUGCAUCACCAGCUUCAUCUCUCCAUUUGCGAAGGACCGGGAGAAUGCUCGUAAAAUUCACGAGACCGCAGGACUCCCCUUCUUUGAAAUCUUUGUCGAUGCCCCUCUGAACAUCUGUGAGAGCCGAGACGUGAAAGGCCUCUACAAGAAAGCCCGGGCUGGGGAAAUCAAAGGGUUUACGGGAAUCGACUCUGAAUAUGAAAAACCGGAAACCCCUGAGCUGGUUGUGAAAACCAACCUGUCGACCGUGAGCGACUGUGUGCAGCAGGUGGUGGACUUACUUCAGGAGCAGACUAUCGUGCCCCAUUCGGCGAUUCAAGGCAUCCAUGAACUUUUCGUACCUGAAAACAAAGUGGACGCGGCCCGGGCUGAAGCCGAGAAGCUGCCCUCCCUGCUGAUCACCAAGCUGGAUCUGCAGUGGGUCCAAGUGUUGAGCGAAGGUUGGGCCACACCCCUCAAAGGCUUCAUGCGGGAGAAGGAGUUUCUGCAAGUGAUGCACUUUGACACUUUGCUGGAUGGCAUGGCCUGUCUUGAUGGCGUCCUCAACCUCAGCAUCCCCAUAGUCCUCCCUGUCUCUGAGGAUGACAAGAAAUGCCUCCAGGGCUGUGGUGAGUUCGCCUUGGAAUACGAUGGACGGAAGGUGGCCAUCCUGAGAGAUCCAGAAUUCUACGAGCACAGGAAGGAAGAGCGGUGCGCCCGCGUCUGGGGGACCACCUGUGCCCAGCACCCUCACAUCAAGAUGGUGAUGGGAAGUGGAGACUGGCUGGUUGGUGGAGACCUCCUGGUCCUGGAGAGGGUCCGGUGGAAUGAUGGCCUGGACCAGUACCGCCUCACGCCCUUGGAGCUCAAGCAGCGAUUUAAAGAAAUGAACGCAGACGCGGUGUUUGCGUUCCAGCUGCGCAAUCCUGUCCACAACGGCCACGCGCUGCUCAUGCAGGACACGCGCCGCCGCCUUCUGGAGAGAGGCUACAAGCAUCCUGUCCUCUUGCUGCAUCCGCUGGGCGGCUGGACCAAGGACGACGAUGUUCCCUUGCAGUGGCGCAUGAAGCAACACGCGGCCGUGCUGGAGGAGGGGGUCCUGGACCCCAAGUCCACCAUCGUGGCCAUCUUCCCCUCGCCAAUGCUCUAUGCUGGCCCCACAGAGGUCCAGUGGCACUGCCGGUCCCGAAUGAUAGCAGGGGCCAAUUUCUACAUCGUAGGCCGGGACCCUGCGGGAAUGCCCCAUCCUGAAUCCAAGAAAGACCUGUAUGAGCCCACUCACGGGGGAAAGGUCCUGAGCAUGGCUCCUGGCCUCACGUCUGUGGAAAUUAUCCCUUUCCGUGUGGCUGCCUACAACAAGGUCCAGAAAGCCAUGGCCUUCUAUGACCCGGCAAGACACAAUGAGUUUGAUUUCAUCUCGGGAACACGGAUGAGGAAGCUUGCCCGGGAAGGAGAGAAUCCGCCCGAUGGCUUCAUGGCCCCCAAAGCCUGGAAAGUGCUGAUGGACUAUUACAGGUCCCUGGAGAAGAGUAACUAGGGCCCCUGGGGGCUCCCUCCUCCCUGCACCCCGUGCUCUGCUCUUCAUCUUUCUGCUUUUGUGAUUAGAAGCUUAGGAAUUGUGUAGCUUCCUGAUUUUAAGGGAACACUUACUAACGAGGCCCAAAGUAGGCCUAAAUUCGGAAUCAACUCUGAGACUCGGAAGAACAGCGUCCGCGAGGGUGGCCCCAGCAGGCAGGAAGGCUGUGUUCAUCCAGUUCAGAAGACUGUUGUCUGUAUCUCUCCUCUUUUGUUACACUGAGGACCAGAGCCAGAGAAGGCUGAGCCCCCUCCCCAGGAUGCUCAGGCACUAUCCUGGGGGCUGAUCAGGGCCCACAACCAAGAACCAGCCUAGAUGAGCAGCAUUCUGCCGAGCAUCCUAGUGACACUGACCCGGAGAAGAGCCGUAGCCCAGCUGCCAGCGAGACCAAAGGGCACAGUGUGUGUGUGUGUGUGUGUGUGUGUGUGUGUGUGUGUGUGUGUGUGUGUGUGUGUGUUGGUGGUAAAAGAAAACCCCAACCUCCAGCCCCAACCCUAAUAUGCAUCUUGGUCUCAGAUGUGACUGCCAUCAUUUCUAGGACUAAAGCAUACAGGGGCCCUUACAGGUCAUCAGACCCUGAAAACAGCUAUGACUGCCCUGAGGUCUUUCAGCUGCCUAAAGGUCACCUGAUCCAAAUCCCUCAUUUUACAGAUGAGGAAACUGAGGCCUGAGAAGGGAUUCACCCAAGGUCAGAAGGCGAAUGUCAGAGCAAAGGUGCCAUAUUGGAAGGCAGCUUCUGGGCCAUGCUGUGCAGUGGGGUCAACCUCAAAUGGAAAUGGAUCCCUGUGGCCCCCUAUGGGCUUAGAAAACCACAAAUUACCAUUAUCUAGGUUGCAUUGUAUUUUUAUUUAUUUUGUUAAAUAUUUCCCAACUAUAUUUUAUUCCGGACAGGCGCACCACAUGUAAGCAGCGAGUCUGGCAAAUCUGACAACUCUGUUGUGGUCUUCCAUGCCAUUACUUGUACAGAGAAGGAAACUGAGGCUCAGAAAGGAGAAGGGACUUGCUUAAAGGUCACAGCACAGAAAUCCCUAAUGACAGAGCUUUGCCCUGCUGUGCCUCUCCCUGAACUGCCUCAGAACAGAAGGGUUUCCACAGACAAAUGAAAACUUGCCCGCUACUGCAGCAUUGGGGGAAAAGUCUCUGUGUUAAGAAGGAAGGCCCGUGGAGAUGGCGGCUCCAGGCCAUCCUGUGUGAUGAAAAGUCUUGGGCACUGCCAGUUCUGGGGGGCCUUGGGCUGAGCAUUCCUUCCUGGGCUGCAGUUUCUUUCUCUGUGAUAUGAGAGCUGGAGUGAGGCCAUCAGGUCCUAGAAUAUUUUAGCUGGAAAGGAACCCGAGGGCACUGAGCCUGUACCCCCUCAUUGUGUGGCUGAAGAAUGGAAGAGGUGAGGUACCUGUCCAGGGUCACACAGCUGAUAAGUGGGAAAGCUCUGGCUAGAACAACAUCUUCUGGACUCCCAGUCCAACAGUUUCCACACGUCGUGCAAGGUUACAACUCUGUGGCAAAGGAGGCCUGGCCAAAGUGAACCCCUGCUACCCCCACAAUACAGCCUUCACCAGUAGGUUAGCCUCCCCACCCUCCUCCCUGCCCCCUGGGCCAAUGGGAACAGUCAGGCAGCAGGCCCCCAGAGGGCAGGAGUCCAAGGUCACAGGGGAAGAAGUCCAAGGUCACAGGGGCAGGAGGUCCACUUUCUUCAGAGGGACCCGUUUGCAUGUACCCUAUAUGUCCUGCUCAUCUCAUGAUGUCCAUUCCAGGAAGUCCAUGUUUCAUGGAAACUAAAGCAUCCUUUUGGCUCAGAGAGCAGGAAUUCAUUCCUUUGCUGCUGUUAAGGAAAGCAGCACUUUUUAAUGGACUCCGUCUCUUUAGCAGAGAUGGGGGCAAGAAAGGGAAUAUCGAGACUUCUCCCAUUUUUAGUGUUUCUUUUAAAAAUUUUAGCCUUUUGCCUAUUAAAAUUCUCACCAUUAUGUGCCUCAUUGCAAACAUAGCAAAGCCUGGCUGGCCUGGUCUUUCUUUAAUACCACAUGAUUCGUCUCUCUAGAAAAAGCCGCUUGCUUGCUUUUUUUUUUUUUUGGUAGCAUAUUUAUUAAAAACAUGAGAAUGGGUUGAGUGCCUUAGCUAAAGUAGCUCAUGGCUUAGAAGAUGUUCAGAAGUAGGUGUUAAGCUGCUCUUGCAAUACUCAAUGCAAAUGAAUAUUUCUAUGUGCAAACGAUUGCCUUUUCAUAUUUUAAUAAACAUCCUGUAAUGGAA